AUGACAAGUUACAGCAACGGAGGAUUUUUUAACCAUGCCUACCAUGACAGCGAGACUCUGGAAAUGGAUAGAAGGCAUUCCAGUAAAACACACCACACUAACCCCUAUGCCAGCCAUGACCCAGCCUCAUGGGGAGAGAGCAGUGAGUUUCCCGGUCAGACCCACGGUUAUGAUGCUGUAGGGAGGGCACCCGGGGGUGGCUGGCAGGGGGAGAGCUGGAGGGGGAGAGAAAGCCUCCCCACGCGCCCCGACUCCACACGCCAGCAUGACCGCAAUCACAGUACAUUCCGCACCGACCGGGACUCGCAGUACGGUCGGGCUCCACCUUAUCAACUUCCUUCUUCAGUGUCAGGUAACAUGACAAUGAGAUGGAGAAGAAUAGCAGUGAGAAGGAUGAGCAUGUUUCCUGACGCAGAUCCUGCACAUGUAGCUUUCACAGAGGAUGCCAUCAAGAAUGAGAUGGAAAAUGAGGAACAAGAUCUUGUCAAAGAACUUGUUGCUAUGUCCACACGAGACCGGAUCCGGACCAUUCGGGAUCUUCUAAUGAGCUUUGAAGAGAAGAAGCAUAUCAGGAGACAAGUUGAGGCAUUAAAGUCUUCCUACAAAUCUCGGCAGUUCACACGUUUGGCAGAUUUCUCUGAAAAUGUUUCACUGUCUGUUCGAAGGGCCGGUUACACUAUAAAGUCAACCAGGCAGACCCUGGAACUGUGGCAAGGCAUCAUGAAAGAAAUUGGUGGAAAGUUUGGCUCCAGUGUGCUCUCCUAUUUCGUAUUCCUCAAGUGGCUUCUCAUGUUUAACAUUUUCUCCUUCCUGGUCAACUUUGGCUUCAUCACCAUCCCUCUGCUUGUUCACGACCCCUCACCCAAUAUACCUCAGAACGUGAGCUUCAGAGGACUGGAGCUAUUGUCUGGAGCUGGUUAUUUUACCUACACUGUCAUGUACUACGGUGGCUACAGCAAUGAAACUCUUGAGGGUUUGGUGGAAUACAACAUGCAGCUGGCCUAUUUCUUCACCAUUGCAGUCUAUAUGGUACUGUGUGGAAUCGCACUUAUUUUCAGCAUGGCAAGCUCAUUUAGGCAGAACUACGUUGUAGCAGAGUCUGUUUCAAACAGCGCAUGGCAGCUUCUAUGCAGUUGGGACUUUAGUGUGACCAAUGACAAAGCAGUGAGACAGCGCAGGAACAACCUCAGUGUCCAGCUCAAGGAAUCUUUAUCAGAAAAAGCCCAGAGGGAGCUUCCAACACGCUCUGAAAAGCUGAAGCACUUUGGGAUUCAUUUUGGCUCGUGGAUUCUCUCCACUGGCUUGACUGUUGGCUGCGGUGCCAGCAUCUACUAUCUCUGUCGAUACGAACAGCAGCGGGCAACUGAUACUGAAAACUGGUCUCUGAGUCAAGAGGCAGAGACUCUCCUGGUUCCCUUCGUGGUGUCUCUGAUGAACCUGGUUAUCCCGCUUUUCUACUCUCUCUUCAACAAGUUUGAACACUACUCCAGCCAGCGCACACAGAUCUACGCUCUGGUGGUCAGAAAUGUCUUCCUCAGGAUGGUCAUUCUGGCUGUUUUGUGUUAUUACUGGAUGAAUGUAGUGGCUGAGAAAUUUUCGUGUUGGGAGUCCGUGGUAGGACAGGCUUUGUACCGUCUAGUCAUCUUUGAUUUUCUGUUUCUGAUGUUGGGAUCCUUCUUUGGAGAGUUUCUUAGCAACGUAAUUGGGACCAGGUUACUACUAAGUCUGGGGAUUCCGGAGUUUGACGUAGCCAGAAAUGUCCUCGAACUCAUCUACGCACAGACACUGGCCUGGAUCGGAAUCUACUUCUCUCCUCUGCUACCUGCCAUCCAGAUUCUCAAAUUAUUCCUCUUGUUUUACUUAAAGAAGGUCAGCCUGACCCAGAACUGCCAGCCUCCCCGGCGAUCCGGCAGGGCAGCUCAGAUGCAAACCAUCUUCAUCUUUCUGCUCUUCUUCCCUUUCUUCGUGGGAGCCCUGUCAAUGGUUGCAUACACUGCUUGGACACUGAAUCCCUCAGAGCAGUGUGGGCCUUUUCGGGGAUUUAACAACACCUUCAGUGUGGUUGGAGUCUGGAUGGCAGAGCUGGAAGAAAUCUCUAGUUCCCAGUGGGCCGUCUGGAUCUACCAAAAUGUCAUCAGGAGUGAAAUCUUCUACUUCCUUGGCACACUUAUCAUCAUUGUCAUCAUAUACAUUUUCUGGCAUGUCACUAAAGGCCGCCAGGAGCUUAUCCGCCUCCUGAGACAACAGAUUAUUAAUGAGGGGAAAGACAAAUCCUUCUUGUUAGAAAAGCUGCAUGACCUCCAAAAAUCUAACCUGAGCAGAAAUCCCAAACAAAAGAAACAAAAAGAGCACACAAAACGGCAUUUGGAUGACCGCUCCUCGAGCAGUCACUCCAGCUCUAACGCCAUGGUUCAGGCUUUACUCGCUCGCCAGCAAUUCGAAGGGGAGGAGAGACGCAACGCUGGUGGAGUGCCCGUCCCCUCCGACAUCUCAACCUCCAGCGCGGUGAUGCAGGCCAUGGUGGCCCGGCAGAGAGCUGAGAGAGAGCAAGAUGAUUUGUACCACAUGCCUGAUGAAUACUCGUCGCCUGAUAGCGCCCUGGCGCAGGCCUUUGCAGCCAGGCAGAGGGCCAAGGCUCAAGAGAGUGAUGAAGACAAUGGUUCCAGCGCCGUCAUGCAGGCCAUGCAAGCCAGGCAAAGAGCAGAGGCGGACAGAGGACUUGACACGGGUGACCUGCCAUUUCCCGUGUCAAAUGUUAUGAUACAAGUCAUGCAGGCCCGGCAGAGAGCAGAGGAAGAGGACAGGAUUCAGUGGGUUCCUGCUCCGUCGCAAAACACUGCUCCUCCGGGCUCCAGUGCUCUCAUCCAGGCCAUGUUGGCCCGACGGGAGGCCCAGAAUGAGUACGACGACGGUUACUGA